AUGGACCCCAACCGCCUUCAUCUCAAUUUCGGGAGCAACAACGAGCGUCUUGCCUCUAGCGAUCGCGUCUAUCCCACCACGCCCUCGACAUUCCCGCAGCCUGUCUUCCCAAACCCCUCCCAACAGCACCCGGGCAGCCAACAGCCCCAGCCUGCUCAGCAGUACGCCGGCGGAUAUGCUCCUGCGAAUAGCUACUUCGCCCAGACCCAGUACCAGCCGCCCUACCCUCCGCAGCCUCCCGUCGACUACUCCGCUCAGGCUGGCGCCGCCUACCAGCCUCGAACCAACACCCCAAGUACCAAUGAUCCCAACGUCGGUCUCGCCCACCAGUUCUCUCACCAGAACCUGGGGGGUGUAACCCGAGCCAACCCCUACAGCGCAGCGCGAGGCCCUUCUCCUGCGCAACGACCCCGGACUGCUGGCUCCAGUGGUCAGCAGCCCAGUUACAGCUACAUGAAUCAGCCCAUGCCCUCGUCCUCGUCCGCCGCUCGCCAGCCCGAAUUCCAGGUCGCCCCCGAGAGGAACCCGGAGAAGUACGGUGUGAAUGCAAACAACAACCAGAAGAAGUGCUCACAGUUGGCGGCCGAUUUCUUCAAGGACAGUGUCAAGCGCGCACGUGAGCGCAACCUCAGGCAAAGUGAGGUGGAACAGAAGCUUUCGGACCCCAGCCAGAGCGCCUCGAGACGCGAACAGAUCUGGCAGAAUGGCGGCAAGAAAGAAGCUAGAUACCUGCGAUUCCUGCGAACUAAGGACAAGCCCGAGAACUACACUACCGUCAAGAUCAUUGGUAAAGGUGCCUUCGGAGAGGUCAAACUGGUGCAGAAAAAGGCCGACGGCGUGGUCUAUGCGAUGAAGUCUUUGAUAAAGACGGAGAUGUUCAAGAAGGACCAACUGGCCCACGUUCGAGCCGAGCGAGAUAUUCUGGCCGAAUCCGACAGCCCGUGGGUCGUCAAGCUCUUCACCACAUUCCAAGAUGCCAACUUCCUGUACAUGCUCAUGGAGUUCUUGCCCGGUGGCGACUUGAUGACCAUGCUGAUCAAGUAUGAAAUCUUUUCGGAGGACAUCACGCGAUUCUACAUUGCAGAGAUUGUCCUGGCCAUCGAAGCAGUGCACAAGCUUGGUUUCAUCCACAGAGAUAUCAAGCCCGACAACAUUCUUCUUGACAGAGGAGGACACGUCAAGCUUACCGACUUCGGCUUGUCUACAGGCUUCCACAAGCUGCACGACAACAACUACUACCAGCAGCUUCUCCAGGGAAAGUCGAACCGACCGAGGGAUCGAAGUUCUGUGGCCAUUGACCAGAUCAAUCUCACUGUCAGCAACCGUGCCCAGAUCAACGACUGGAGGAGAUCCCGAAGAUUGAUGGCGUACUCGACUGUGGGCACCCCUGACUACAUUGCCCCCGAGAUCUUCACGGGUCAUGGGUAUACAUUCGAUUGCGAUUGGUGGUCACUAGGUACAAUUAUGUUUGAGUGUCUAGUCGGUUGGCCUCCGUUCUGCGCCGAGGAUAGCCACGACACGUACCGAAAGAUUGUGAACUGGAGACAAUCUCUGUACUUUCCUGAUGAUAUUACAUUGGGUAGUGAAGCAGAGCACCUGAUUCGCAGUCUCAUCUGCAAUACCGAGGUCCGACUUGGAAGAAGUGGCGCUCAAGACAUCAAGCACCACUCGUUCUUCCGAGGUGUCGAGUUUGACAGCCUUCGCCGUAUCCGCGCUCCCUUCGAGCCGCGUCUGACUUCGGCCAUCGAUACCACAUACUUCCCCACGGACGAGAUCGACCAGACAGACAAUGCCACUGUUCUGAAGGCUCAAGCCCUUGCGUCCGGCAAACCCAUCGAGGACACGCCCGAGAUGAGCUUGCCUUUUAUUGGCUACACAUUCAAGCGUUUCGAUAACAACUUCCGCUGA